AUGAGAGGACCAUCCCCAAGUCCAGUUGAACCCAGACACCGCUUAUCUGGUUCAGCGAAUGAAGAUGCUAACAAAAGAAGGUCCCAGAGAAAUAAAGUUCUUAAAGAUAUUGAAAAGGCUCUCCACGUUCAUGCUACAGAUAGAAUCUUGAAUUGCAAGCCUACCUUGAAGCUUGUGUUGAUCAUUCUUGUAUUUGGGACUUUUGUGACGCUCUUCCUCUCUUCUGCUGUUUAUAAUACAGAUCAUCUAUCCACUUCUGUAUCUCAGCUAACUUAUCAACACAUAUGGACGAAAAAGAGUGCUGCUGCAGAUUUACGUUACGUAUCAUCUUUAAACAUUAACUGGAAUGAAAUUUCUGGUUUUAUUGAAAACCUGACUGACAGAAAAGAUAAUCUGGGAAUUGGGCUAUUAAACUUUAACCACAAUGAGAUUGACCAUUGGAAGGAGCUCUUGCCAGAUUGUGAACAUGUUGUUCUAAACCUCAACUAUGCGGCAAAUAACAUAACAUGGGAAUCCCUGUAUCCUGAAUGGAUAGAUGAAGAACAAGAGUCCGAAGUCCCUACUUGUCCCUCUCUACCAAAGCUUCAAAUUCCUGGAAAACCACGUCUUGAUCUGGUUGCUGUCAAGCUUCCCUGCAACAAGUCAGGCAGCUGGUCAAGAGAUGUGGCUCGGUUGCACUUGCAGCUUGAAGCAGCAAGGCUGGCUGCCUCUUCCAACGGAUAUCACCCUAUGCGUGUGCUUUUGGUGACUGACUGUUUCCCAAUCCCAAAUUUAUUCACUUGCAAGGAUCUUGUUAGACGUGAAGGGAAUACAUGGCUCUAUGAACCAAACCCGAAUACGUUGAGAGAUAAGUUACAGCUCCCUGUAGGGUCAUGUGAACUUGCAGUUCCUCUCAAGGCUAAAGAACAUGUUAACUCCCAAAAAGCCCACAGAGAAGCAUAUGCGACAAUCCUACACUCUGCCCAUGUAUAUGUUUGUGGAGCCAUUGCAGCAGCUCAGAGCAUCCGAAUGGCUGGUUCAACACGAGAUCUUGUCAUACUGGUAGAUGAAACAAUCACCGAGUAUCAUCGAGGGGGAUUGGAGGCUGCUGGGUGGAAGAUCCACACAAUCCAAAGAAUCAGGAACCCUAAAGCUGAACCAGAAGCGUACAAUGAAUGGAACUACAGCAAAUUCCGUCUUUGGCAGUUGACGGAUUAUGACAAGAUCAUUUUCAUUGAUGCAGACAUGCUUAUACUUCGAAAUAUUGAUUUCCUGUUUCAGAUGCCAGAAAUAUCUGCCACAGGAAAUGAUGCUAGUUUGUUCAACUCAGGUGUGAUGGUUGUGGAACCAUCAAUUGUACAUUCCAGCUGCUCAUGGAUCAUGUCAAUGAAAUUGAUCCCAAAGCAUAUGAACUUCUUGAAACAUUUCUGGGAAGGUGAUGAGCCGGAGAUAAAGCAGAUGAAAACUAGCCUCUUCGAAGCUGACCCUCCAAUCCUCUAUGUCCUCCAUUAUCUGGGCAAUAAACCAUGGCUAUGCUUCCGUGACUAUGACUGCAACUGGAAUGUGGAUUUUAUGCAGGAGUUUGCUAGUGACGUUGCACAUAAAAGGUGGUGGAAAGUGCAUGAUGCUAUGCCCCAGAACUUGCAAAACUUCUGCUUGCUCCGGACAGAGCAGAAGGCAGGCCUAGAGUGGGAUCGGAGGCAAGCCGAGAAAGCAAAUUACACUGACGGCCACUGGAAAAUUAAGAUAAAAGACAAUCGUUUGAAGACAUGCUUUGAGGAAUUCUGCUCCUGGAAGAACAUGUUACGGCACUGGGGCGAAAAGAAUUGGACAGAUAAUGCUAUUAUUACUCCAUCGCUACCUACACUUACUACUGCAUCUGUCUCUUUGUUAUGA